AUGACGCCAAUGGCGGAGGGAGACGCCCCCGUGGCCAUCGACAGCGAGGUAGAGCAGAGCAAGUAUACCGGUUUGAACGAGCAACUUGCAGAAGCAACUCAUGGACUUAGACAGAUGAGAGGUGAAGACCUUGAGGGAUUGAGUGUGGAGGAAUUGCACCAAAUGGAAAGGAAACUUGAAGCAGGACUGCAUAGAGUGCUUAGUACAAAGGAUCAGCUAUUCACACAACAAAUCAGCGAAUUACAACAAAAGGUGAGAAAUGAUUAUAUAACCUGA